AGGAAAGUCGGAGGGGUCCAUUUCCGGCCGGGGCAACCUUCUCCCGCGCGCGCUGCAGCUCGAGUUGAAAGGCGACCGGAAGCAGAACCUUCCCCUUCGCUUUAGUGGCCCGGAAGCAGCCGUAAGGCCCAUGUCGAGGAGGCGCUCGCCAUGUCCCUCAUAUGCUCCAUUUCAAAUGAGGUGCCUGAGCAUCCCUGUGUAUCUCCAGUCUCAAACCAUGUUUAUGAGCGAAGACUGAUUGAAAAGUAUAUUGCAGAGAAUGGAACUGAUCCAGUGAACAACCAGCCACUGUCUGAAGAACAGCUCAUAGAUAUCAAAGUUGCCCACCCAAUUCGGCCUAAGCCACCAUCUGCCACUAGUAUCCCAGCCAUCCUUAAAGCACUUCAGGAUGAAUGGGAUGCUGUCAUGCUCCACAGUUUCACCCUGCGCCAGCAGCUGCAGACCACCCGCCAGGAACUGUCUCAUGCCCUCUACCAGCAUGAUGCUGCUUGCCGUGUCAUUGCCCGUCUCACCAAAGAAGUCACUGCUGCGAGAGAAGCUUUGGCAACUCUGAAGCCCCAGGCUGGUCUCAUUGUUCCCCAGGCUGUACCUUCAGCACAGCCCAAUGCAGUGGGGGCUGGUGAACCAAUGGAUCUAGGAGAGCUGGCAGGAAUGACUCCAGAAAUUAUCCAGAAGCUUCAAGACAAAGCCACAGUGUUGACCACGGAGCGUAAAAAGAGAGGAAAGACUGUGCCAGAGGAACUGGUAAAGCCAGAAGAACUAAGCAGAUACCGCCAGGUGGCCUCACAUGUGGGACUACACAGUGCCAGCAUCCCUGGUAUCCUGGCUCUCGACUUAUGUCCUUCCGACACCAACAAGAUCCUCACAGGUGGAGCGGACAAAAAUGUUGUUGUCUUUGACAAGAGCUCAGAACAGAUCCUGGCAACUCUUAAAGGCCACACUAAAAAGGUCACCAGCGUAGUGUUCCAUCCAUCCCAGGAACUAGUGUUCUCCGCUUCUCCAGAUGCUACUAUCCGGAUCUGGUCAGUCCCUGGUGUGUCAUGCGUGCAGGUUGUGCGUGCCCAUGAGAGUGCUGUGACAGGGCUGAGUCUCCAUGCAACAGGAGAUUACCUGCUGAGCUCUUCUGAUGACCAGUAUUGGGCUUUCUCUGAUAUCCAGACUGGCCGUGUUCUCACCAAGGUCACAGAUGAAACCUCUGGCUGUGCUCUCACCUGUGCACAGUUCCAUCCUGAUGGGCUCAUUUUUGGGACUGGAACUAUGGACUCUCAGAUUAAGAUCUGGGACUUGAAGGAACGGACCAAUGUAGCAAACUUCCCUGGACAUUCAGGCCCUAUUACCAGCAUUGCCUUCUCGGAGAACGGCUACUACUUGGCCACUGCUGCUGAUGACUCCUCUGUCAAACUCUGGGAUCUGCGCAAACUAAAGAACUUCAAGACGCUGCAGUUGGACAAUAAUUUUGAGGUGAAGUCUCUCAUAUUCGAUCAGAGCGGCACAUACCUGGCCCUGGGUGGCACUGAUGUCCAGGUAUACAUCUGUAAGCAGUGGACAGAGGUUCUCCAUUUUACAGAGCAUAGCGGCUUGACAACAGGAGUCGCCUUUGGCCAUCAUGCCAAGUUCCUUGCUUCGACAGGCAUGGACAGAAGCCUGAAGUUCUACAGCCUGUAGCUUCUCUUUUGGAAUGUUAAAGGGAGUGGGGUCUAUUGCAGUAGUGUUACAAUGUCAUGGUAACCAUGGGGCAUAUGGGGGUGGGGGUGGGAAAUAGGGAACAUCAUAGCUUUUAAUCUCAGUUCAGUCUGCCUGUAGGUUGGAAAUUUGAGUCCUGUGCUGGAUGGAUUGUUUUUCCUCUUCCAUGUUUGUUCUUUUCCAGCGUUGUCCGUGCCGUGAUUGUAGCCAUAUUGAGCCAAAUCCAUCCAAGUGUUGACCAUCUAUUGAGGGGUGGUGGCAGGGAUGAGGAUCAAGAAAUAGAUGGGGAGAUGUGCAGAUUUUUUGUAUGCAGCUCUCUAGUUUGAUUAAAAAAGACUAUUCAACUAUA